AAAGGUGUUGGGAAGGAUUAUGAUAGGGACCCCGAGUUUGGUGAGAUUCUUGGAAGCCUCAUCGUUGACCCAGAAAAAGCCAAGUCCAAAAUUGAUGAAAGGUUCAGAAAGAAAAGGAACAAUGUUUUGCAAUCAAAGACUGGCUCGCCUAUACCCAUGGCAGUGAAAUUCAACCAAUUUGAUUUUACAAACUCAUAUAUAUGGUUUGAGUUCUACAACUCCCCAUUGGAGAAGGAUGUCUCAUUGAUUUGUAACACUAUUCGGUCUUGGCAUAUUAUCGGACGCCUUGGUGCAUGUAACUCAAUGAAUAUGCAAUUGUCACAAGCACAUAUGGAAAAAAGACCAAGUUAUGAUGCAAUUCAAGGGGCAAAUGUGACUCCAACAACAUUUUAUAACAUAGGUGAUCUUGAGAUUCAAGAAAACUAUGCUCGCAUUUGGGUUGAUAUUGGGACAAGUGAACCGCUACUUUUGGAUGUACUCAUCAAUGCAUUGACACAAAUAAGUUCUGACUGUAUAGGAAUUAAGCAGGUAGUGUUUGGUGGAUCUGAAUUUGAAGACUGGAAGGACAGCUUGAAGGAGGACGUGGGCUACUACAAUAUCCACAAGAUUUAGGAGAAAUAAAAUUUGCAGAUUUCUAUUUUCUGGAUUGCUGCUCCUAACACCCGUCAUUGAAUCAGUGUUGUUCAGAGAGAAGAACCCCACUCGGACCAUGCAAAUCUCUUCAAGAACUCAAUUUUGCUUGCUUGAUCCACACUCACUGUGUGUGAUGGAUGGAUCUACUGUGAAAAACUAUCGCCAGAUCAGCUGUAAUGUAAUGCACUGAAUAAUAAAACCGCAUCUUUGUAUCAGCCUACAAAGUUUCACAAAGAAUUAAACAAUAAGUCGUGUAAGCAUUUGAUUUUUUGUCCUUUAAAAUUUCAAAAUAAGUUGUUAUUAGGCUACAUCUCUUUGUUUUAGUGGACAGGUCUAAAUGAUAAUUAAUCAAUCCGGAUGGUGUUUAAACCUUUAUGGGAUUGAGGGAUGUUUGGUUCUGAUUCUUAAAAUUGAUUAUGCUCCUUCAGGGAGCAGAAGUUGG